AUGUCUUCAAGCAGGCUCAAUAUGAUCGUAAGAUCAUUUUCUUCAUCUCCAGUCACACAACAAUUGGUAAAGCCUCCACUUCAAGUUUUUGGUGUUGAAGGACGUUAUGCUACUGCUUUGUUUUCAGCAGCCAGCAAACAAUCAUCAUUGGAUGCUGUUGAAAAAGAUCUCUUGAAAUUCCAGGCCGAUGCAUUCAAAGCAAUCAGCACAAAAAUAAACUUGAACCCAGCAACAGCAAAUCUGUUGGCCCUGUUGGCCGAGAAUGGUCGAUUGGGAUUAUUGAAUCAAGUAAUAAAUGCAUUCAAGCUAAUUAUGGCGGCUAAUCGAGGUGAAGUGGUGUGCGAGGUAACAACAUCCAAGCCCCUUGACGCUGAGAGCAAAACUAAGCUUGAGUCUGCCUUGAAAUUAUUCUUAACAAAGGGACAAACUCUUCUUCUAACAACAAAAGUUGAUCCAUCAAUCAUUGGUGGUAUGGUUGUCUCAAUUGGUGACAAAUACGUCGACAUGAGUAUCGCAAGUAAAGUUAAAAAAUAUUCAGACAUUAUUUCCACUGCAGCUUAA